UGCUUGCGCGGCUGCUCGGGAUAUAACGUUGCUCCGCUUGUAACAGCGUGUAAUUGCGCUUACGGGAGUUUCGUUCCCCGCGAUAUAUACGCGUACAUACGGUUCCUCUCGGUCGCGCGUGGCUUGUGUAACAGCUGGAGCAAGAAAAGAGAGCCGGCGAUCGCGCGAUCGUUCGCGAGAAGUUUUAAUUACCUCACCGUCCGACACACCUAUAAAUAUUUCUCCGACUUCUCGUAAUUUUUGAGAUUUUACCACGCUUUAGAGAUGUAACGAGCGACGCGAAUGCGUAAAUUGUAACAUCAGAUCUAAUCGAAGGCAGAUUUGCUAUCGAGUCCUUUUUAUUUAUAGAUACAUCGUGAUCGCGGUUUGCCUUUUGAAGAGCUUAACAAGUGCCGCGUGGCCAUAAUUAAUCGAUUUCUGAGUUUGCACGAUGUGGAUCGAGGGGGAUUGGAUUAAAUCUAAGAACCAAGUCACCUUUACAACGAGAAAUUCGCGGAAAUCACGGGCCAAGUUUCACUGUUCCUUCUGCAAAGUUGUACUAAAAUAUCUCAAGUUUUACUGCCAGUAUUCUAGUUUGGUUGGCGUCAAGUAUCUUGCCAGUUCCCGAACUUGGUCUGAAAGAAUCGUAUGGAUCGUGAUACAUUGCGUGAUAAUAAGCAGCCUCCUGUUCAUAGUUCAUUCCUCUUACCUUGCAUUCGUGACGUCACCUAUACUAACCUCCAUGGACUCGGAUGAUUACCACACGACCAAAUUAGAUUUCCCAGGGAUUGCCAUCUGCUCCAUCAACCGGAUAAGUCGAAAAUCCGCGAGCGCAAUGGCAGACAAAAUUUUUCAUGCAAACGUCACGAAUUUGUCGGCUGAUGAAAUCCUCACCUUGCUCGCUCAAUUGGGCAACCUAUACGCGUCCGAAUUCCAAAUGGACGAAGAUCGCAAUGAGGAAGUCCAUCAACUUUUAACGACUUAUCACAAGGGAGAUUACGAUAUAACCGACAUAAUGAAAACUCUGUCGCCGCAGUGCUCGAUUAUGCUACUGAAAUGCAAGCUGCAUGGGAGAGUCCGAAACUGCUCGUCGCUCUUCGCGUUUCGCAAGUCGCAGGACGGGUUUUGCUGCAUCUUCAAUUACGCGCGUGAAGAUGACGACAUUCCCAUAAUGAAGGAUGUGCUGGAACCGAUCAAAGUGCACAAGGUGUACGAUCUCGGAAUAGAUCGCGGUCUAUCGGUCUUGUUGGAGCCAUUUCUGGAUGACUAUCUCUACCCGAUGCUGCCUGUUACGGGUUGGAAGAUACUCAUAUUCGACCCUUACGACUUUCCGGAUGUGACCAGCGGAGGUGUAAUGGAAAUACUUGCGAUACCGCGCAGCGAGACUUACGUGGACGUAGUCGCGUCGUCCUUCUUUAGCACUAAGGCUAUCGAGGGCUAUCCAAUAGCGAAACGCAAGUGCAUCUUCUCCAAGGAGAUACGAACGUUGUACGGUGGCACAUCUUAUACCUACAGCGACUGUAUCGUCGACUGCAAGAUACAUGAUAUCCAGAAAAUCUGUGGAUGCAGACCGUUCAUGUACCCGCGGCGUGGCAAACACGAAUAUACAUUCCGUAUAUGCAAUAACAUGGAUAUGGAAUGCUUGGCGAAGUACAAAACUAAAUGGUGGAUCGUUUUUCCUCACGAGGACAAGAACGACGAAGAAAACAUCCCAAACAAUACCUGGGGCCUGCACUGUAACAAUUGCUAUCCCGUUUGCGAGGAUAUCUCGUAUGAUGUGUUGAGCGCAAAGAGUUAUAUGUCUCAAGGCCGAUACAAGACCGACUUUUUAUGGAAUGUCACCGUUAAGGACCAGGCGAUAUUGCACGUAUUUUUCUCGAAAUACGGCUCGCUCAGAUUGAAACAGGAUGUAGCUUAUUACUGGUAUGAACUCAUGAGCGAUAUCGGCAGUAUAUGCGGCGUCUUCAUCGGCUUCAGCCUCAUCAGCGUCGUGGAGCUUCUGUACUUCUUCACGCUCAUCUUUCGCGAGAUGCUCUGCAAAAGAUGGGUAAUAGAGGACGAGAGCCGCAAGAAAGAGAUCCAAAGCCAGCCGAUACGUACGAUUUAUUGGAACGAAUUAUUGCCACGAUCCUGGCAGGCGGCGCCUUAUUACGGUCAUUUACAAAAAACUAUAAAAAAGAGGACUCGGUACUAAUUGAACUGACGGUUCAUCCCCUACGUUCGAUUGAAUGCUUAUUUGCCGUUUAUGGAGGUUCGUUUACAGUACGCGAAGUGAGUGAGUGAGUGAGUGAGUGAGUGAGUGAGUGAGUGAGUGAGUGAGAGAGAGAGAGAGAGAGAGAGAGUCGAGUAAGAAAUAAAAAUAGUUUAUUCCAUCUUCCCUAUACUCUAGCUCCCUUGCAUUGAAAGUAUUUCACUCACUUGAAAGGAAUACUUCUGAUGGAAAGGAUUACUUUUGAAGGAACAGUGUAGACGAGCCUUAAAACGAGUUGUUUUCAUUCCACGUGUGAUCUCGACGUAGUCAGCCGAAGAAUAUCGCUUGAACUAAACACGGAAAUUUCACCUCUAAUUAAUGAAUCGCGUCGCACGAUAAUCAUAACAUUCGGAUUAUAGGUUAUUUACCGAUUUUCACUCGACGCCUAUGCCCAUUUGCAUUCAUAUAAUGCAAAUUAAACACGUACCCUAAUGUAUCGUAUUAUUUACACAAAUACGCUCGUGAAAUGUAUGCAAAUACGAAAUAAUCCAACCGCGGUAAUCAAGAUGAGAUCAGAGUUUUGGUAAAGCAUAUUACGCGACAAUACGUGUAAUAUUUAUAAUAAAUAAUAACACAUGGAUUACGCAAAUGCAACGUCAAUAUAUAUCGAAGCCUUUGUCUCUUGUCGGAGUGCCAUGCUACAUCACUGAGUUUCGUUCGCGCUUCUACAAUGGACAACAAUGGGGAGCUCAAGCCCCCUGGAAAAUUAGUUUUGAGCAUUACCGAGAGGAUAAAGCAUAAAAGAUCCGGUCUCAUUGUCAGUCGUCGUAGUGGCGCCGAAUAAUGCCACGUCGGAAAAUCCAGUAUCAACAAUAUAUGUUGGAAAGCGUGAGCCAAGAAAGACCGCGGUAAUCAUAUUGUGCACCUCGAGCCGAAAUUUUCGUUUCACAUUUACUCUGCGAAUUCCGUCGUGCUUGAGCAAGGAGCAACAGAGAAUCUUGAGAUUAACGCGUCUGCUACCACGUUUUAUUUAGGGAAUUCUCUUCACAGACCACAUUACAUUUGUUUUCGUGUAUUUGCGUGAAACAGACUUGGUUCUGUUCACAUGUGGAUACACAAAGAGAAACGUCGUUGUCACGUGACAUUGAUGAUGAACAUUUUAAAUAAAAUUUUAAGCAAAAAUAAGCUCGAAGUGAGAAUUCAAUGCGUCAUAUAUGUAUAACACCGGUAAACAUUAUACAUGGAAAAUACACGGAAAAAAUCUCAACUCGUGCAACUGCAUGUGGACUAGGUGGGAAAUUCGCUAACGAGAAAUAAUAUCUACGCUAUUGCGACCGAAGACAUUUGUCUGAACAUUCAGCUGUACGAAAACUCGGUUAACAUAACUGAAAAUAAUUGUCUAAGUAGUAAAAACCUACUACAGAAAUCUUAUUGUUCCCACAACCGAGUUUUUCAUUUGGUUUACAAAAAAUUCAAUUACACUGACGGACUUGUUUUUUCUGUUUUUGUUUAUUUUUAUUGUUUAGCGACUUUCACAGUGUCACAGUGUCACAGUGUCUUCAGCUCCCUCCGCAAAAUAAAACGACUCUAUGACGCACUGUUUCUACUUUUCUGAGCAUGUUAAUCCUCUUUAACUUUUAUCUGUCCUAAAUCUCUCUCUUCCAAUAUCAGACGAAUGAUAUACAAAUUGAAAACAUUUAGAGAAAACAAGAUUAAAAUUUAAUCGCUCAACAUGGCAACUUUUAAACGACUUUUCUUUUCCGUAUAGUUAUAGAUUACUUCCUCCUUCCCCUCCCUAAAACCCUUUUCUCCAUGUCAAGGCGAAAGACUUAUGUUAGUAUCAUUAAAUAUUCGACUGUCUCAGUCUGAUCUGUUACAAUCAGAGAUCUGCUGCAUAAUAAAUGAUUUUACAUACCUGGAAA